AUGUGUGCUCACAUUUCGAUCUUUUACCCACCAUCCGAGGACAAGGACACGGGGGCAGGAGGAGCCCCAAGCAGCCCAGCAGUAGGAGUCAACGGCGGGAGAUGCACAUCAUACGCACGAGAUGGAGCAGAUGGACGUGAGCCACCAGCCUUCCAAGACGAGCUAAACUCGGACAUUCAAAAACAAUAUGACCGCUGUCUUCCAAUAGUUACAAUGGUUCCUCUUCCUGUAAUGAAUUUGGACAUGGCCUUUCUCCAGUUAGUAAUUACACUCAACAUGAGGAGGAACCGGGCGUUGAAACUGAGGGUUGCCCGAAUGACCAACAAGAAAUGUCGUAUCAGAACUGAAUAA